AUUUCGUGUGUGUUUGUGUAUGUAGAAAGGGGUGGACUUGAGAAACAAGAAAUUCUGGAUGUUGCUUCGUUAGAAAGUAAAGGUUUCAGAUAACUGCAUAGAUGAAAUGUUGUGUAAUUGGAAAUUAAAAAAAAAAUGCGGUGAAAAUAGUACGGGUGAGAUUUUGAAGCUAAUCCCUCUUCCGCCAAAAAUGUGGGAUUUGCAAAAAAAAAAAAAAAAAAAAAAAUAUUGUCAAAGAUCCUAAUCCCACCCCCUGGAAAAAAAUGUGGUAGUCUAAAAUUGCAUAGCUAGGGGGAAAGACCCUGGGUUUACGUGGAAAACUUAGUAUUAAUCGCGUUCGUGCCUGUUUGUGUUUUGUACGUUCGGGAUGUGUGUUCUGGUCUGUAUUUAGGCUGCAGUUUUCCCCUCUUGUUUGUUCCAAACCCCAUGAAACGGCGGAGAAGCCCUUUGGAAUUGCUUUUCAGAUGGACCUUCCGUAGGGUCUUCUAAAGUUUAUCAAAUAAGAAGACUGUGUUUUGGCUUUUUUGGGUUUUGUUUUGUUUGUUUUGGUUUAAAUUCUUUAAUGUUUUAGACAGUUUCCGGGUGGCAGGGGACGUUAUGUGUUGGGGGUUGUUUUUUUUGUUUUUUUUUUUUUCCUCUUAAAGCCGUCUCCCAGACUCUUGGAGAUGCGUGGUUUUUAUUUAAGCGGGUGGGGGAUGGGGAAGGAGGGAGAGUAUGUUUUGGUUGGUUUUCCUUUUCCCGGGAAAGCCUGGAUGUCUCCUGCCGUGGGAGACCCCUCCCAGCAGGGCCGCGGUGUUGGGAGUGCCGGGGUGCCGGCGUUCGGCAGAGUGGCGGGGGUGCGGGAGGCGCCGCCGGCCCCUCUCCGCUCCAGCGGCCGAGGUAGCGCCUCUCCCGGCAGCGGCCUCUACGCAAGGCCGGGGAUCGGCGGCCUAGUGCUGGCAGCGGGGGGAGGAAGCGAGCGAGGGUUCCCGCGCCCUCUGUGUGGGAGCCAGCCCCUGGAUUUAGUUUUUCAAAUGAGACACGGGAAUGCGAGCUGGGUGGGCAGAAACCCAGGAAGAAGUGGUUUAGGCAUAGGCAGCGUUACCCCCCAGCUCUGUCCUGGCUCCUUGGCUGCGCUGCAGUGGGGGCAGGAGGAAGGGUGGCCUGUGGUACAUGAAAGUGUUGUGUGUGGAACACAAGGCUGAAGCGGGUGGAAAAUGAGGUAAUGGGGGAUGAUGUGGUCAGUUGAGGCUUUAGCCCCCACCACCAUCUCCCUCUCAGGGAAACUUAAAGAGUCACCGCUUUUAUUUUCAGUGGGGGGUGAGCUGGUUGUUGCUGCCUUGCUCUGCAUUCACUGGGUGCAGUGAAUAUUGCUGGGUGCAGCUGGUGGCACCCCAAUGACCCCAGUGAUGCUGCAAGGCAGGAGUGGCACCAGUGGGGUGCUGGGAUGUGAGAUGGUGGCCGUGGAAGUUCCUUGGGGCGGCUGGUGCAGGGAGGGACAGAGGAGUCAGCCCCGCUGGGCACAACACAGUGGUGGGGAAUCCAAGAGCGGUUGGCUGUGAGAAGCAGUGAAACCCAGGGAGUGGGGCAUGGCAGAAAGCAGCUGCAGGAGCGAGCAAGAGCCCAGUUAUGUAGUGAGCUCUGUAGUUUGUCCUUUAUUUGAUGUAUGCCCCGUUAGCUAUUCUGCUGCACCACUAAGGUGGUCAAACUGCAGACAGAAGAAGACUCCCAUGUUUCAGACCAGUGCAUCCUGGAACCUUUUUCCUGGGGAGCUCCAGUCUCAGCUCUACAACCUGCCACUUGCAUCUGAGGGUACUUAUUUGUAGCUGAAAUGUUACAGUCCGUGCCUGGAAGUCAGUCAAGUGUCAGUUCAUUGCCAUCUCAGAAAUACAGUAUGAAAAACUUUGCCCAAAUUCAGCUCUGGCAGGGUUAUCAAUAAGAGCUGUGUCCUUGGUAAGAUAAACUCAAGUCUUUCUGUUCAUCUCAUUUUUCUAUUAUCUACCCAUCUAGAGGAUAUCCACCCAGUUUGUGAUUCAGUCACCCAGUUCAGUGGCUCAUGCUUCCUUCUAAAGGCAAGAAAACCAUUUUGCCUGUCUAUAUCAUUUUAAUCCUGUCUGGCAAAUGGUUUGUAAUUUGUUGACAAGCUGUGAAUAAAGUUCUCUCUAGAUGCUAGACCAGGGAGGAUAAAUGUCUCUGGACUAAAAGGAUAAGAGUUUUGUAGUGGACAUAUAAAUACUCAGUAUUUGAAUUUUGCUGGUGAUUUGAGUGGACAAGUCUGGACAGAGAUUUGGUGGGGGAGAGAAAAGGGGCACUUAGACACAGUGCUUCAUAAAGUAUUUUCUACUGUGUUUCUAAAAAUAUUUGAAAGCCCAAGAAAACAAAAGCUAAACAAGCUUUGCACUUAAAAUUAAUUAUGCAGUAGCUGUGGUAUAGUGUGUAGCAGAACUGAAGUGUUGCUCAUGUGGGUGGCUCACUGUGUGUUGGGUUUGCUGGUGUAACAAGUGCAUGGCUUGGUCUGAAUGUUAAAUGCAACACGGUGAAGAGGCUGGAACGAUGAGGGGACGCAGAAGUGACUGAGUUUGCUGGUGAGGUGGUGGAGGAGGAGGUGUGAGGAGCAAAAAGAGGAGUCUGAUUGGCAGCCUCCUGCAGUGGUUGGGGCAGGCAGGACAGGUGAGGGGUCUGCCACACGUGAAGGAGAUUGCAGGUGUGGAGUCACAUUGAAGGGGAAAGAAAGGUAGUCGUUGUGAGAGAUGUGCAAGAAGUUGUUGGGUAGAGCACAUGGUGAGUGCUUUGAAGGUGUUGCGGUGAGGGGAUGAGUCUUAUGUGCAAAGUCAUGACAUAAACCUGGAGGUGUGACAGACCUUUAGCAGAGAAAGCUGGUCACCCACUUGCAGGGAGGGAGGAGUGUGGGGCAGUACCAGGGAGCUCCAGUCUAGAGGGGAGAUCAGGCCUAUGGUUUAUGUUUAAAGAAGGCAAUGGAGGGUUUUGGGUUGAAGAACAUUUACUCUGGAAGAUGAGGGUAGAACUGCAGAGCAUAAACAACAUUCAGGGCACAGAAGGUUGCCUUUUACCAGGGUUUUAUAGCAAGGAUCAAACUGUAGCUGUGUAUUGUGGGACUUACAGAGAUGUUAUAGGCUGGUCAGCCAUCCACAUGAAGCAAGGGUGAGUAUAGUCAAGCUGCAUGCAGUAGCAGUAGUGAUGAGGAGAGGAAAAAACAGAAGGGGAGCUUCAGGAUGCAAGAAGAGCUGGGUAACUCUAGAAAAGAGACAUUCUGUAGCCAUUCCCAGUAGUCCUUUGGCUGCACUCCAGGUUUGGGUCAGUAACAUUUGCAUGCCCUUCUCUCUGGGCAAGCAGCAGUAAUCAGUUCUCUCUGUAGCACAGGCUCACAUCCUGCGGUGUAGGAUGUUUUAGCAGCGGGGUCAGGGUAGCUGUGAGAACAGGUACUGAUCUCUUCUUCACUCCUUGCAGUGUUUUAAAGGCUGAGCUCAGAAACAGAAGUAGACCAUGUGUAUUGAAAGCUUUUUAAGGUGGUGAUGUGUUUUGUGGAUAUACACAAUUGUAAAGGUGUGCCACAGCAUUUUUGGAAUGCGGCCAUUGACUUGGUGGUGACCACUUGAACACUGCCCUCCCCACAGUCGCCAAUAAUCUCCCUUUUCAUCAGAUCCUUGGGCUUCUGCUGCACUUCCCUGACUUUUGUUCCCUCCAGCAUGACUCAGGGAGCAGCAAGAGCAGGGCUGCACCUCCAGGCAGGACAAGCAAGUAGCUGAAGGUGAUGGCAGUCACCAGCAAUGCCCUCACUCACAGGGUACAGUCCCACCACACAUGAACAGUGUAGGUAGAACUAGAUGCCAAUAAGAGUGGUCCAUCAGCAGUCCCAAAGAAGAUGAGGUGGUGAAUCUGGUGCAGGUCCACCCAGCGAUUCCAGAGGUAGGAGAUGGUGCCAGAGACAGGAGUGGGAACAAGCUGCCUGCAGUGGAGGUCUAAGGUUUGUCCCAGAGAUAGAACUGAGGACAAGUUCACCUACAGUAUAGCUCAGACAAGGCAGGAGCUGGACCUCUGCUGAAACGGGGCUCCUAGACAAUGGACAGAGGACAGAGGUGGGGGUCCAAGCAACCAUAAUGGAGAGGCAGAAGAGAAAACAAGAAAUAGAGAAAGGACUUCAGUUCAUUCAGUCCACAUUACCCCUAAGCCAAGAAGAUUAUGAGGCCUUUUUGCAGAAGUUGGUGAGAAACUUGUUUGCAGAGGGCAAUGAUUUGUUCCGAGAGAAGGAUUUCAAGCUUUCCCUGGUCCAGUAUGUAGAAGGGCUGAAUGUGGCAGACUAUGCAGCCUCUGAUGAGGUGACCAUCCCAAAGGAACUCCUCUGCAAGCUCCAUGUCAACCGAGCUGCCUGCUACUUUGCCAUGGGGUUGUAUGAGAAGGCGCUGGAAGACAGCGAGAAGGCUUUGAGUCUCGACAAGGAGAACAUCCGAGCGCUAUUCCGGAAAGCCCGUUCCUUAAAUGAACUGGGAAGACACAAGGAAGCGUAUGAGUGCAACAGCCGAUGCUUGCUGUCCCUCCCACAUGAUGAAAGUGUCACACAACUGGGGCAGGAGCUUGCCCAGAAGCUGGGACUGAGGGUUCGAAAAGCAUACAAAAGACCUCAGCAGGAAUUGGAAACAUUCUCACUACUCAGUAAUGGCACGUCAAUCAGUUCAUCAAACCAGACUACUUCCAAUGGAUUGGGCUCAAUAGAUGACAUCGAAACAGACUGCCCUAUGGACCUGCAGUGCCUCCCAGCUCCUGUGGCCACCUCCAUCCCUGUGAAUGAGGGGCUGGCCCCUUUGCCUUCUGACUCAGAUGCAAAGGGCUUGCCCACCUCGCUUCCUGCUGCCAGCUUGCUCCCAUCUCCAGACUGUGUACCCUUGCCAGUGCCUGAGAACACAGAGGAUUUCACAGAUGGGGAUAUCAUUGGGGAAGAACUAGACUCCCUCCUGGAUUCCCUUGCUGAAGGGUCACCAUACCCUCUAUCUUUGGUCCAGGGCACCAUUCCUACCAACCUGCCAACAGAGAUGCCCCAGUUGAUUCCUGUGUUUCCGGGGGGAACUCCACUGCUGCCUCCAGUUGUGACAGCCAGCAUCCCUGUCUCUACCCCUCUGCCACCUGCCUCCUUUGGCCUGGUGAUGGAUCCCACCAAGCAGCUCUCCUCCUCCUCUGUUCUGGAUGCCUUUGAGGCCCCACCAGGAGGAAGUGGCGGCUCCACUUUAGAUUCGCUGGAUUCCCUGGAUCUGCUUCCAUACACAGAUACACGGCUUGAUGCCCUGGAUUCCUUUGGGACAAGCAGGGGGUCGCUGGAUACCUUGGAUUCCUUUGCCAUUGAAGAAACUAGCUCUCAGGAACUGCGACACCCACCCGGCAGCCAAAAACCAGCCCCAGUGGUGAGUGAGCUACUGCCCCGUGCCGACGUCCCAGGGUGCUCUGGAGCCAAGGUCAGCCUUGGUGGAGUGAGUCACCCAGCUGUGCCCAAGGCCACUGAACACCUGCUGUCCCAGCCAGAACCAGUAAUGCCCAACACGGCUCUGCUGGUGAAGAACCCCCUGGCAUCUACUCACGUUUUCAAACAGGCCUGUCAUAUCUGCUACCCCAAAACAGGGCCCAAGGCUGGUGAUUACACCUAUCGGGAAGGCUUGGAGCACAAGUGCAAGCGGGACAUCCUGCUGGGCAGGCUGAAGAGCUCAGAAGACAAGACCUGGAAGAGAAUCCGUCCUCGCCCAACCAAAACCAACUUUGUAGGAUCCUAUUAUCUGUGCAAAGAUAUGCUUAACAAGCAGGACUGUAAGUACGGGGAUAACUGCACCUUCGCGUACCACCAGGAAGAGAUCGACGUGUGGACGGAGGAGAGGAAGGGGACCCUCAACCGUGACCUCCUCUUUGACCCGCUAGGUGGGAUCAAGCAGAGCAGCCUCACAAUUGCCAAGCUCCUCAAGGAACAUCAGGGCAUCUUCACCUUCCUCUGUGAGAUUUGCUUUGACAGCAAACCCCGGAUUAUCAGCAAAGGGACCAAGGACACACCAUCUGUCUGCUCCAACCUUUCUGCAAAACACAUUUUCCAUGACAACAAGUGUCUGGUCCACAUUGUGCGUUCCACCUCCCUGAAAUAUUCCAAGAUCCGUCAGUUCCAGGAGCACUUCCAGUUCGACGUGUGCCGACAUGAGGUGCGUUACGGCUGCCUGCGUGAGGACAGCUGCCACUUUGCUCACAGUUUCAUUGAGCUCAAGGUCUGGCUGCUGCAGCAAUAUUCAGGAAUGACCCAUGAAGAUAUCGUGCAGGAGUCUAAGAAGUACUGGCAGCAGAUGGAGGCACAUGCCAGCAAACCAGCCAACAGCGUGGCUUCUCCCCGGAAUCCCACGUCAAGCACCUUUGACCUCCAGAUGAAAUUUGUGUGUGGCCAGUGCUGGAGGAACGGGCAGCUGGUGGAGCCAGAUAAAGACCUCAAGUACUGUAGUGCCAAAGCCCCCCACUGCUGGACGAAGGAACGCCGUGUCCUGCUGGUGAUGUCCAAAGCUAAGAAGAAGUGGGUGUCAGUCCGACCGCUGCCUUCCAUCCGUAACUUCCCACAGCAAUAUGAUUUGUGUAUCCAUGCACAGAAUGGCAGGAAGUGCCAGUAUGUGGGCAACUGCUCCUUUGCCCACAGCCCUGAGGAGAGGGACAUGUGGACCUUCAUGAAGGAAAAUAAAAUACUAGAUAUGCAGCAGACCUAUGACAUGUGGCUAAAGAAACACAAUCCUGGGAAGCCUGGAGAGGGAACACCACUCACCUCGCGAGAAGGGGAGAAACAGAUCCAGAUGCCCACUGACUAUGCAGACAUCAUGAUGGGCUACCACUGUUGGCUCUGUGGGAAAAACAGCAACAGCAAGAAGCAAUGGCAGCAGCACAUCCAGUCGGAGAAGCACAAGGAGAAGGUCUUCACCUCAGACAGUGACUCCAGCUGCUGGAGCUACCGCUUCCCCAUGGGCGAAUUCCGGCUCUGCGAGAGGUUCCAGAAGAACAAGACCUGUCCUGAGGGAGAGGAGUGUCGCUAUGCCCAUGGGCAGGACGAGCUGACAGAGUGGCUAGACCGGAGGGAAGUGCUGAAACAGAAACUGGCCAAAGCUCGCAAGGACAUGCUGCUCUGCCCCAGGGAUGACGACUUCGGGAAAUACAACUUCCUAUUGCGGGAUGACGUAUAGUGUGAGCUGGGGGGAGUCUGUCAGCUGCAGAAACACGGGGUGGGUUUUCUGAAUGGCGGUAGCAGGGAGAGCGAGAUCUCUGUCUCGCAGAGAACUUUUUCUUUUCUUUUGUUUUAAGAUUAUGAGACAAUGAUUUAUUAGUGAAUGGAUUUGUGAAUUUGAUUCUCGUUGGCCAGCGACACCACGCUCACUGAGUUUGUGAUCCAUCUUCUCUCUCUUCUUUCUCCCAAAUUCUCCUUCCACUUCAUCUUUUUGUUUUCACUGUCCUUCAUUCAAAGGAAUUAAUUCAGUCUGUACUGGGCUGCAAAUCAGAGAAUUUCUCCUUCUGUCAUUCUUCUGUCUUUCAAUUCAGAGUAUGACUGCAGAGGUCUGGAGGACAGAGCCGAGAGAGAGGGACAGAAAAGUUGUGGAUGCCCCAUCCCUGGUACUGGUCAAGACCAGGUUGGAUAGAGCUCUUAGCAAUGUGGUCUAGUGGAAGGUGUCCUUCUAAAUGACAGGGGGAUUGAAACUAAAUGAUCUUAUGGUCCCUUCCAGCCCAGACUGUUCUAUGAUUUUAUGAAAUCUGGUGAAAAGGUGACCAUGAAUUUCGUAUGUUCCUUUUCUCAGUGCUGCAGACUAAGCGUCACUUACUCUGCUGCAGCCCUCUUGCUCUUCUGGGAGUUUUGUACCAGAAGGAGUUGUGGUGCAAAGAAGGAAAACCACUAGAUUUGGCUUAAGAGAUCUAGGCUUAUGCUCUAGCUGUCUGUAUUGCCCUGAGGCAUCAACUGGUGCUGAGGAGGAUAACAGCUGUGUGGUAUAAGGAGCGCAAAGUAAAAGGAGCAAAGUAAUGAAACUGCUUGCAGCAGCAGGAACCAGGUUGUAGGUGACUGUAAUCAGAAAGCAAGUUGGUGACUUCUCAUUAGAAGUCUUUUUUAGUGCGUGGCAGGUGUUCAGGGCAGAUAGCUUGGGUUUGUUUUUUUGGCUGGUGUGACUGGUGCAAGUAAAACAGAACCCAUCUAGGAGGUGUAGCGGAAUCUGUGAUGCAGUGUGUGUCACUGAGUCCACACAGCAGUAUCAGUCAGGAGGGAGGUGGUCACCAAAAGGAGCCUGUGUUUCUGUGUUGCCUUGUGUCCUGAAGAGAGGGAGGGAGGGAGGUAAUGAUGUUCUUUCUCACUCUUUAAAUGGCAUGUGUUUCUGGUUACUUAGAGCUGCAUUUUUCCCUGCACUGCCAGAAGAACUGGGUGGGGACCCAUUUAAAAGGACACCAUUGCGCAGCACAGGAAACGUUAAGCUAAUGGGAAUCCAGCUGGAAGCGCUUACCAGUACCAGAGGUCCAGCCCCCUCCUCCUCAGAGCCAGAGCAGGGAGCUCGCGGAUGCACAGUGCAACCAGGAUGCAACCCAGAGCAGGGACAGUGGUGGAGGAGUGGCACAGCAGGACCCAGCCACGGUCUGCUCUUGUGCUGCCUGAUGUGUGCUUUGAUGAGUAACCAGUAAUGCUGAACUCUGGGACAGAAGUUUUGCUUUUAGAAGGGGCAGCAGUGAGAAGCGGUGCUGCUCCGCAUGCCAGCCUUGUCCUUUCUGUCAGUCUCAUCCUGUAAGCAGUAAACAUGCUCCCUGUUCUGAGCUUCCCUCUCCUUCUCUCUUCUGCAGUCCAGCUGUGCUCUGCAGUUUUGCAUGCAUGGAUGGCACCAUCCAAUCAAACACAAACACAUCUCCCUCCCAGCCUUUGUCAGGGAUGCCUUUUUCAUACAGGUUCUCCUGGGACAGCAGUCUAGGAGCCCUUGGGGCUGGUAGGGCUGUAUCCAUGGUAAAUACAAUCUGGCCAUGAACUGCUUGGUGUCUUAGCAUUGCUGCAUCCUCCCAUUCCUCUCUGCUCCCAUAUCCUUGGGGUUCAAAGCUUCAGAAGAGAUGGGAUGUGGAAAUCGGGAGACGUGGAGAUGGUGUGGGGCAGCUGUCACCUUUCUAAACCAGCCUUCAGGAGGGUGCUUCAGCUCCACUGGGACAGUUAGGGUCCAGUUAUGGAGCAGAGUGCUGGAAUCUUUCCAGAGAUGCAGUGUGCUCUAAGUAAACUGAAUGCACUUCUGCACUUAGAAUCAUUAAGUUGAAAAAGACCUCAAAGAUCAUCAAGUCCAGUUGUUAACCUGGCACUGCCAAGUCCCAGACUAAACCGUGUCCCAAAGUGCCACAUCUACAUGUAUUUUUAAAUACCUCUGGGGAUGGGGACUCGGCCUCUUUCCUGGGCAACUUAACCACUUUUCUGCUAAGUUGUUUUUCCUCUCCCUUAAAAUAUGGAUGGUAGUCUCUGGUUUGCUAUGAGCAAUAUCAGACAUGGCAGUUUUUGAGUGGUCAGGUGCUGUAUUUUCUCCUCUGUUCUUUGUGGUAGCUACAGUACCUUCUCCUGGUCAUCCUUGUGCUCAAGUGGUCCAGCUUUUAGAGAUGGGAGGAGACAGGCAUCAGCUCCUGGGUUAUCUUCUUCUGCUCAUCUUGGGCAGAGAUGCCAAGGAAGGAAAUCUGGAUUGGGGGACACUGGAAUGUGUUUUUUAUUUUUAAAACAAACCUUCAUCUCCAGUGUGACUCUAGCGUUCGCUGAGCCGUGAUUUCUCAUGUAACCUAAACAAGCUACAGAGUGGGUCACUGUCCCUUCUCCCCGUCUCUGCAAUGAGAGCUGAGCUGCUCAGUGGGGCUUCAGAGGUUCGGGCUGGGGCCGAGAUGGGGAGAGGGUGAGGUGAGGUGAGGGAGGCCCACAGUCAUGGGGUUUGCAUCAAGUGUCUCUUUGUUUUCCCUGAUAUGAUAACCUGGUCUGUGGUGUUGCAGUACUUCGUCACCAGACUUGUUUUAGUGUGUAUAUAUGUGACCCUUCCCAUGAAGCAUAUAUACACAGGUAUUAAAUAUAUCGCUCUAUAUAAUAUUAUAUGUGUGUGGUAUCGAAGGAAUCUUUUAAAUGAGGGUAAAGGCAAAGGACUCAGGCCAGGAAACGCAGCAUCUCCAGUUUAAUUAUGAAGCCUUGUAUUUGGGAUAGGGAAAGGGAAAUAAGAAAAGAGGGGAGGGUUUUAUAUAGAUAGGUAUAAACUUUGAGAUGGGACAGAUUUCCCUGUUCACAUUUUUGAAACCCUUUAGGAUGUCCUUGCAGUCCCAUCUCAGUUAGAGAGUAUUAUACUGCUAACUAGUGAGUAAAGUUUUAAUAUAAGGCUUUGCUUAUAUUAUUUAAAGGGACAUUGUGAAAGGCAGGAAGUUUCACACUUGACUUCCCAGGCUUGCUUUAUCAGGCCAAGAGGGUUUUCUUCAGCACAUUAUGUGCUCUCAGCAGAAAUGCUCAGUGCUCACAACUCUACAGCAGAUAAACCACAAAUUGUAGAGGCUGCUUUAGUGGUGUGUUCAAAAGACCCUGUGAUAACUCUCUCUUCUUUAUUUGUGUGAGAGAAGAAGAAGAAAAUUCUGCAGCACAGAACCAAAUUCGAGGGUUUUUAACAAAGAAAGUGAUGUUUUAAUUUUAUAACAUUAGAAGAAAAUCUCAUAAUCUGUAAAAUAACCACUGACAUUCACACAGAGCAGAAACUUACUAAAUGCUGAAGAACUUAGUGAAAAUCUUUUCCCAAAUUCCUUGGUAGGGGUAGGGAUUUAGGUGACACUGGCAUUGGAGUUAACCAGGCCUUUACAGGGAGAAGUAAAAAAAAACCCAACAAAACAACAACCAACAAAAGAUACCCUACUUAGCUUGUAUGAAACUGUAUGUCAAAAAUUGAUGGGUUUUAGCAAGUGAAAGGAAAAGAUAGCAAGGGGAUGCUGCAGUUCUGAGCUGGGUAGUAAUGAUUUUGAGUCCUUUAAUAUGUCUUCAUGUUAAUAUAAUUUAAGAAUACCACGCUUUACUAUUAAAAAGAACUUAGUAUCUUUCAUAAGGUCUAGUAUCAGGAUAAAUAUGUAGAUGUUUUAACAACAUUUUUGUUUUUGUUCUUAAAUAAAGAAAGAAAAACCAAACUUGCUUCUUUUAGCCUUUGUAAUAGAAAAUAAAAGUGUGCACUUUAAACCCUC